UGAGUGGAUAAAACUUAGGCUCAAGUUUGUGAUUUGUUCCAUACUUUUUUGCUCAAUUUUGAAAUGCAUUUUUUGGUAUGGCUUCUUGCAUACUAAAAAGUGUCUGCCUCUUUGGUUGGAACGUCGGCAAAAACAAAGCCAAUGACAAACCUCAGCCCAAUUACCAUAAUCUUGAUCUUCCUUUUCCAUCUUUUCUACUCAACAAAACUUUCCUCAAUGGGAAAGAAUUAAAAUGUUGUUACAAGGCCACCUUGGAUGGAUUUAGUGCGACUUCAUUUCAUGUAUGCAGUGAUUUCAAGGGCCCGUGUGUGAUAAUCGGCUACACAGACAACUCUUUCAAGUUUGGUGCAUUCAAUCCUGAAGGUUACCGAAGCACUGAUGAUUACUACGAGACUUUUGACGCGUUCCUCUUUUAUUGGCCGGAUGAAGAGAAAAAUUACCCUAUUGUGUUGCCUAAAGUAGGAGGUAGUGGUGCUGCUCUUUUUGAUUAUGCCCGAGGUGGGCCCCAGUUUGGGGCCGAUGGGCUCUUAAUCGGGCCACCACUUGCACCUGUCAUGGGCGGGUUUGCAGGGCCCGAUACAAACUCUGGUGUUGGAGAUUUGAGACAAGCGAAGUCGAGAUUGGGUUUGUCUUAUGCCAAAAGGGAAGAUGGGAAAGAGUCUUUGUUUGGAGAUGAAUCUAGGGCUUCUCUUGAAGAAGUGCUAGUUUUUUGUAGUCCUCAAAUUGCAAGCCUAUACUAAAAGGAUGUGCUUUUAAUGCCUUUAUAUGGUUGUACCUAUGCUUUAGAUGUUUGUCCCUUAUUAAUUUUGUAAAUUCGUUAGCCCAAUGUCAUUAUGAUUUGCUCGGUGUUGGUACAAGUGGGGGUGAACAAAAAUGCAACAUCAGUAUCUAUUUGUUUCAUUGAGGCAUAAAAACAAAUACUUGGGACAC